AUGGCGGCGGUCUCGCUCUGCCAGUCUGUGGCGAGUAUUGUGUGCGGCCAGCCGUCCGCCGCGCACGUCCUUGCUGUGGCGCUUGGUGCUGCAGCGGGCGGCGCAUCGCGCCAAACGGCGGCGGCGAUGGUGUCUGCCGCUAUCCGGACAUCCUGCGACGGCGUCGACGGCCUCCAGCAGGAGGUCGCAGCCAGGCUGGCCAUGGUGGAGCCAGCCCUCACGGAGCUGGUUAAGGCGGGACCCACAGGUGAGGCCGAUAUCAGCGGGGACAUGAAGGCCAUGCGCAACGCCGGCCUACACGUAGACAUGGGCUGCGGCGCAGAUGACCUCCCGCAGACGGGCCGCGAGGCCAAGCGGAGGCAGCGCGGCGGCCGCAAGGCCAAGGAGAGCCUCAAGAUUGACGGGUCGCAGUGCUACAAGGGCGCCGAUGCGGGCCCCGCCCCCCCCAGCGAGGACAAGGUCAAGGGCGGCGCCGGUGGGGAGGGGUGGGGGCCGCGGCCCGAGGAAGCAGACCUGUCGGAGACGGUGGACGACAUGACGGAUCUGGCGAGCGAGGCCGUGAGCUCGUCGGAGAUCGGCAUGGCGCUGGAGGAGCAUGUCAAGUGCGCCUCCGACUGCAAGACCAUCGACACUAAGGGGAUGGUGUCGGUCAUGAGCUACGGGGGCGCGCUGGACGAAGUGGACGACACGCAGUACUUGCCGAAGCCUGUGGCGGAGCAGAUCGGGGAGGAGACGCUGGAGGACAUCGACCUCGUCCCCAGCGGCACGGCCACCGAGGGGAAAGUGCUGGUCGCCGACAUCAGCAACGGAGACACCGAGGGCGAGGAUGACCUGGGCCUUCGCAAAGCCAAGCACGAGUGGGAGCUGCAGAGGGCGUCGGUCUUCGCUGGCGUCUCGAACGAGGAGCUGUACGAGAAGUUCCUCGACUGGAGGGACCAGCACAAGUCCAUCAAGAUGGAAGAGCUGGUCAAAAGCGGCCUCGCACUCGCGGAGUUCUCUCGGAAGCUCAAGGAGUGGGAGGACAACUUCAAGGUGGAGGUGGGCGACGCGGUCCUGUGGAAUGGGACCCUCCAGGGCACGGUGCGCUUCGUCGGCCCGACGAAGUUCGCGCCUGGCCUGUGGGUGGGCGUGGAGCUUCGCACCGCGGACGGGCUGCACGACGGCACCGUCAUGGGCGUAUCCUAUUUCGACUGCGCUGCCCUGCGGGGCGUCAUGUGCCACCCGUGCCAGCUCGUGCCUGUUGGCGUCGCCCGGGCUCUCGACUUCAUCCCGGACUGA